AUGGGCCCUUGGGCCUUCGGCGUACCUCUCGUGUCAACUUUGGGUCUUCUCCUGAAUGGUUACAUUCUCCUUGUCGUUCUCGGUCUUGGUAAACAGACGCAGCAGCAGCAAACGGCAAACACUUUACUGUUGAUCCAUUUGGGCGCCGUGGAAACGGCGGUGUGCCUGAUAUUGCUGAUCUUUGCAACCGGCUCGUGGCCGCUUACUGGUACGUGGUGCGUCCUGUACGGAUUUCUACUGGCGUUGUUACAUCCGGUCGCCCUUUGGACCGUCACCGGAUUAAACUGCGACAGGUAUUACGCGAUCGCUGCACCGCUGCACUACGCCGCCUUGGUCUCUCCGCGUCGCGUGGUCGUCGGGCUAGCUGCCUCUUGGACAGGCGCUCUACUCCUGUGUUUGCCGCCGUUCUCGGGUCUGGUGCCACCUUAUAGCUAUAACAAAGAAUUGGGUUGCUGCGUCCCGGAUUUCGGGAACGGCACUUGGGGAUCCGCCGCGGCGCUGUACGGCGCCGUUUAUGCCAUCCUGGGCCUGGGACUGCCAGCCGUCCUCGUGACAGUUUGCAAUUUACGCGUGUUGGGUAUAGCGCGGUACCAUCGACAUCGUAUCGCUAGUGCGAUCUACGAGGUCACCCUAAGCGCCCAGGUGACCAUCACCCAUCAGCGAAAUCCAUUUUUCGUGCCAACCGUCACCGCACCCUCCGCCGGCGGACCGCCGCGUUUUCACAGCGCUGCUAGCACGGUGAUGCAACUGGUCGGUUCUUUGUACCUGCUCUAUUUUCCGUAUUGCGGAUUUAUCCUCUGGGAAGCUUGCGGCGCCGGUAAUCAGCACCGUCUUCACGCACAUCCUAAGCUGGCCUCUUUAGCGUCGCUCCUCCUCGCGUGCUCACCACCCAUCAACGGCCUUCUUUACGGUCUGAAAUCGCAGACCCUGCGACGGUCUGUGCAGAAUUACUGGCGGAAAAAGGCAACUAAGUCAGAAUUACAGCAGGAGAUACAAGCGAGAACACCGAGCGUUGCGGGAUCCAGGAGACCUUCCGGUAGUGGAAACACUUCCUUCUUCCCAUUCCCUCCUCUACAGCGAAGACUCAGCGAAGCAUUAUUGGCUCUCGGCUCGUGCAGAACCGGGGGUAGUUUUGAAAGCAAUAAUCUGGGGUUCCAGCGCGGCAGAUUACAACCCGCUGCCUCGUGUAAUACUCUCAGAGUGCCGACCACUGAAUCAGGUGAACCGAGCAAAUUGGUGAGGGCGAGCGCGAGUGCCGCCAGUCUGAUGGGUCCCCAUUAUCGGAGCGACUUUAUUGGGGCGGAUUUGGGCGCGGAAUCCAUAGCUAUGUGCGAGACCCCGAAGAGGAGCCCGAGGAUCCUUAUAACGCGCGCGUACAGCGAAGAGAGCCAAGACGGAGGCAGCCCCCUUCUGAGAAAAUCCCUCAAUUCCAAUAUUAAUCCACCGCCGUGCGAAAAACGUCGAUGGCGACACUGCAGCACCGGAAGCGAAAGCAGCACGGGAAGCAGCGAGUCGAGCGUAUGGACCACCGGUGUGGCCCCAAAGUACGGCAAGAGUAGUGCAAAGAACACGGAUGGUUGGUCCUCACGUACACGAUACAUACGCGGUGAAAAUUUAGAAGAAGGCGCAUUGUCAAGUACAAUGAGACCGAAUAAUAACAGCGAGAGCAGUGAUACUACGGAUACGACUACAGCCACGACAACAACAACCACGCUGCUUAAAUCUCUCGCUAUAGAAACUGUCGAACAGAAUGAAAGAGAGAAGAAAAGGAUGAACGGUAAUAUGAAGAAGAGAGAGUUUAGCGAGAGUGAAAGCAGUUGGAGCAGUGUUGAAGAAAUCGAAACCAAGGCAGAGAGAAACGAUGAAGACGACAAUCCUGCAGAUAGGAAGGAGGAAGAUUCACAGACAAGAUCUUCACGACAAAAGUCGAAAAUCAGUAAUCGCGAUUCCGAAGUUUCCGAGGAGACUGCACAACUGAGGCCACUUUUAACUCACUCCUCUUAA